UACAUGGUUGGAUAGAUGGAUAGACUGAGAUCAGGAUGCAUUGCGUUAAAGUGUCGACCUUUAUUUUAUAAAGUGAACCGGAAGUAGCGCUGGGCCGGGGCAGCUUGACGGCGCUGCGCGUCGUGCCUGAGAGGAGCGCAGUGAAGUCUCGCAGACUUCAGCCACAACUUACGAUGGCGGCAGCUCCCCGCCCGCUUCCUUCUUCCCGGUUCCGUGGACAGUGGCGAGAGCAGCGGCACUGAACCUCGGCCUCCUGCGAAGCGAAGCUGGGAGGACCCACCGACAUUUUUAUAACGUUGCCAUAGCGACUUUUGGCCUUUUUUACCUGUCGUUUGAAGGGAAUCCAGCGUGUUGACGGGAGCGGGGAUUCUUUCCGGCGCAACGACAUGGACUCAUUUAGUAAACACCAAGUCGAAGCGGCGCUUGCUCACCAUGUGACCCAAUCCCCGCGUGGCGAUGUUUCUCUGCGUGUCCCCCGCACAUCACGCGCCCCUCUCCCGAGCUGAAGGGCCACGCGAACCAAACCCGCUGCUGACUUUCGAUGCGUUCAUCCCAACGAUGGCAUCGUUUCCGGACCUCGUUGAGUCGCCGGUCGUCUCCUGCUGAAAGCGAGCCCGUGUUUUCACCCCCCCCCCCCAGGACGCAGAGACGGGCAGGUGAACUUUGGUUUGGACCAGGAACCGUUGAUGUGGACUCCGGCGGGUGGUUGGACAAGUCGUAGAUAGGAGCCACCUCCACUGUUUCCUGUCCCCUCUCCCCCUCCUUACCCCCUUACCCCCUUACCCUCUGUCCCUCCUUCUCCCUUCCCUUGUCACUUUUCUCCUGAUCGCCCUUUCCCCUCCUCCAAUAUCCACCAUGCUGAUCAAGGAGUACCGCAUCCCCAUGCCUAUGAGUGUGGAGGAGUACCGUAUUGCCCAGCUCUAUAUGAUCCAGAAAAAGAGCAGAGAAGAGAGCUGUGGCGAAGGAAGCGGGGUGGAGAUUCUAGAGAAUAAGCCCUACACAGAUGGACCCGGUGGGACGGGCCAGUACACCCACAAGGUUUACCACAUUGGCAUGCACAUCCCCAGCUGGUUCCGCUCCAUCUUGCCCAAAGCCGCACUGAGGGUGGAAGAGGAGUCCUGGAACGCCUACCCUUACACCCGCACCAGGUACACCUGCCCCUUUGUUGAGAAGUUCUCCAUUGACAUUGAGACGUACUACAAACCCGACACAGGCAACCAAGCAGAUGUUUUCAACCUGUCUCCAGUGGAGAAGAGGCAGAGGUCUAUCGACCCCAUUGACAUUGUGACGGAUCCCAUGUCCCCCCAUGAGUACAAAGCAGAGGAGGACACACGGCUCUUCAAGUCAGCGAAGACCCAGAGGGGUCCUCUGCAGGACGACUGGAUAGAAGAGUACAACAAUGACCCCGGGAAGACCCCCAUCAUGUGUGCAUACAAACUCUGCAAGGUGGAGUUCCGCUACUGGGGCAUGCAGUCUAAGAUUGAACGCUUCAUCCAUGAUGUUGGCCUGAGAAAGGUGAUGGUGCGAGCCCACCGGCAGGCCUGGUGCUGGCAGGACGAGUGGUACGGUCUGACCAUGGAGGACAUUCGGCAUCUGGAACUGGAAACCCAGCUGGCCCUGGCCACCAAGAUGGCUCAGUUCAGUCAGGCAGAGGAGGCCACAGAGGCCAAUGGAGGUGCUGCGUCCCCAGACAAAGACCAGGAGGUCAAAGAGGCAAUCAGCUCUAUCGAAGCUGAGGAGGUGGUUGAAAGCUCAAGUGGAGAGGUUCUCCAGCCUCGAGGUAUACUCACCAAGCAGUGGUCCACUUCAUCCCGAUCCUCCCACUCGUCCAAGAGAGGAGUGAGCCCGUCACGUCACAGCCUCUCCGAGUGGAGGAUGCAGAGCAUCGCGCGGGACUCAGAAGACAGCUCUGACGAGGAGUUCUUCGACGCUCAUGAGGACCUGUCAGACAGCGAGGACGUCUUCCCAAAGGAAAUCGCAAAGUGGAACUCCAACGACCUCAUAGACAAGAUGGAAGCUGCAGAGGAACCGCCUGGGGAGCUGGAAGGAAAGGAAGUGACCGUCGACUACGAAAGAGCAACCAGCGAGGAAAGACUCGACGAGAUGCGUGCGUCUGUUAGCGGCCAAACCGAUAGCACUCCCAUUCCCACCAUCACGGUAACAAGGCACCAGUCAGAGAGCCUGUCCCAGCCGCGUCUGCAGCCUUCCAAGAUCCACGUGCUGGUCUUGGUUCUGCACGGAGGGAACAUCCUGGAUACAGGCGGGGGGGACCAGAACAGCAAGCAAGCCGACGUCAACACAAUCAGCACAGCGUUCGACGCGGUGAUGCGGGUUCACUACCCCGCGGCACUGGGACGUAUCGCCAUCCGCCUGGUGCCCUGCCCCGCCAUCUGUGCCGAGGCCUUCUCCCUGGUGUCCAACCUGAGCCCGUACAGCUACGAUGAGGGCUGUCUGUCCAGCAGCCAGGACCACAUCCCCCUGGCAGCGCUCCCUCUCCUGGCGACCUCCGCUCCGCAGUACCAGGACGCCAUGGGCGCCGUCGUCGUCAGAGCCAACCAGGUGUACACGGACUUCCUCAAGUCUUUGGACGGUGCAGCUUUCUCUGGCCAGGUGUGCCUCAUAGGGGACUGUGUGGGAGGAAUCCUGGGGUUUGAUGCGCUGUGCAGCAGCAAUCAGCCCGUCAAUGAAAGCCAGAACAGCAGUCGCAGGGGCAGCAUAGUCAGUGGGCAGGACCAGGACCUCCUCUCUCCUGGCAUCACCGUCAGCGGUCACGGCUCUGCCUCUCCGACCCUGGAGGCCACUCGCCACCUCAGCCGCAGCAACAUCGACAUCCCUCGCGCCAGCGCGGCUGACGACACCAAGCGGCAACUUCUGCGCAAGGGCAGUGACUCCUCCACCUACGAACCGGACACGAUAAAGCAGCACCAGGCCUUCCUGACCAGCUUACAUUCCAGCGUUCUGCGGAGCGACGCGGCCUCACGCAGGUCCAGCAGCAGCACCAUGCUGGACGGCAGCUCCCAGGGGAAGUUUGACUUUGAAGUUUCCGACUUUUUCAUGUUCGGCUCUCCCCUGGGCCUGGUCCUCGCCCUGAGGAAGACUGUCAUUCCUACGCUGGAUGUGGCUCAGCUGCGGCCUGCCUGUCAACAGGUCUAUAACCUGUUCCAUCCCGCCGACCCCUCCGCCUCCCGCCUGGAGCCUCUGCUGGAGAGGAAGUUUCACCUGCUGCCUCCCUUCAACGUUCCUCGCUACCAACGCUUUCCAUUGGGAGAUGGAAACUCCGCCUUGCUUGUGGAGACGGUACAGAGCAACGCUCAGCUGCUGCUUGAGAGCGGGCCUCCUCUUUCCCUCCGCUGUCAGGAGCCCAUCAGCGAGACCUGCAUCCCUGUGCCUGUGCUACACUGGCAGGAGGGCAGCCUCAGAGCCACACCCGCCCCUCUGGAGUCGGAUGUUGUUCAGUCUCAUGGUGGUGUCUUCAUGGACAGUUCGUACCCCUCAUCCCCCAUAACGGGCCCCCUAUCCCGGGCCCAGCGGAGGGCCAGUGAGGUCAGCAUUGCCAGCCAGGUCUCAGGGAUGGCAGACAGUUACACUACCAGCAACGUAGCCAACAUUAAAACAUGCAAAAUUCAACAAUCCAAAAAGCUCGGCCUUUUGUCCCAACUCGCCCUGUCAUCGCAAAACAAAUUCUUCCUCAAAAGUCCUCCUAAGUCCCGUAAGAACCCGGCUGAAGGAUCUCCUCAUGCAGAUCUGAGCGGUGCGGCUAGUGAAGGUUUAAGUCCCACUGAGUACGAGAGCUGCCCGUCAGCAGGGCUGGACUCUGCUAUAUGUGAUCUGGUCUCACUGGACUCCCAGGCUGAAGUGGACCAAGUUGCAGCGCGUUGGUGGGGCACAAAGCGGCUGGACUUUGCCCUGUACUGCCCCGAUGCUCUCACCGCUUUCCCCACCGUGGCCCUACCCCACCUCUUCCACGCAUCCUACUGGGAGUCCACUGAUGUUGUGUCUUUUCUCCUGAGACAGGUCAUGAGGCAUGACACCUCUAGUAUCCUGGAGCUCGAUGGCAAAGAAGUGACUGAAUUCACUCCCUCAAAACCCCGAGAGAAGUGGCUGCGCAAAAGGACUCAUGUGAAGAUCAGGAACGUGACAGCUAAUCACCGCGUGAAUGACGCAGUGUUCACGGAGGACUCCCAGCAGGUGGUCACGGGUCGCUUCAUGUACGGCCCCCUGGACAUGGUCACCUUGGCCGGGGAGAAGGUUGACCUCCACAUCAUGACCCAGCCUCCAUCAGGAGAAUGGAUCUACUUCAACACCGAAGUGAGCAACAGCAGUGGGCGCGUGUCUUUUGUCGUCCCAGAGGACAAGCGUCUGGGCAUCGGAGUCUACCCAGUCAAAAUGGUUGUCAGAGGCGACCACACAUUUGCAGACAGCUACCUGACAGUUAUUCCUCGUGGAACAGAGUUUGUGGUGUUCAGCAUCGACGGGUCGUUUGCUGCCAGUGUGUCCAUCAUGGGCAGCGACCCCAAAGUGCGGGCAGGAGCCGUGGAUGUGGUCAGGCACUGGCAGGAUUUGGGCUAUCUGAUCAUCUAUGCCACGGGACGACCAGACAUGCAGAAGCAGCGGGUGGUGGCUUGGUUAUCUCAGCACAACUUCCCUCAUGGCAUCGUCUCCUUCUGUGACGGCUUGGUCCACGACCCACUCAGACACAAGGCCAACUUCCUCAAGUCCCUGACAGAGCUUCACUUGAAGAUUUUCGCUGGCUACGGAUCGACCAAAGACAUCUCCGUCUACACCUCCAUCGGCCUCUCUCCCUCCCACAUAUAUAUUGUCGGGAGACCAUCCAAGAAGUUGCAGCACCAGUGCCAGUUCAUCACGGAGGGAUAUGCGGCCCACCUGUCCCAGCUGGAGUACAGCCACCGCUCCCGCCCAGCCAAGUCCAGCAGUGCACGCAUGGUCCUGCGUAAAGGCAGCUUCGGCGUGGGUGCCAACAGUGACUUCCUAAGGAAGAGGAACCACCUGCUGCGCACCAUCUCCUCCCAACCGGCCCCCAGCUCCCCGACGGGCAGCACUCCCAACCGACCCGAGCGCACUCAGAGCCAAUCAGACGGCGAGCGGCCCGAGUUCGCUGCCAGCUACGCGCCGGGAGCCGCGCAGCGCAGCAUGAGCAUCACAGCCAGCUGCUGGGGCCGGAGCAGCAGCACCAAGCUGGAGUCGGGCAUCCUCAGCCCCAAAUGAGGUCAGGGAAACGCUGCGAGAGCGACUGGAAGAUACGACGAUGGGUAAAUAGGUGCCGCAAACCGCUCUUUACAAACUCCACGUAGAGAUUCAUGAGCUGAGGCUCUAUUUAUUAUACAGAACGCACAUAACUCAACAGGCAUUUCAAUGGGCAUCGAUACGGAGCCCAAACCGUCGAGAUCCAGACUGUUUCUACUCUUUAGUACAUAUUUAUCGGUCCUGAAUUCAAGGUCAGUUUUCUUCCUAAAGCAGGCUUUUAGAUCCAAGAUGGUUACACAUACAAGCACCUCGACGCUGUGACAGUGGUUACAGACAGCCUGUAUCAGGUCCAAGUUCUGACACUGCUCGGGAACAGACUACUAGAGUCAGCUUUGAGUUUGAACUAUUUGUCCUUCUGGGAGCAGAGCUGCAGAAUGGCACAGAACUGGAUUGGAUUGGACCGACACCGAUUAGUUCAGAGAGAUUUUAUCUUGAUGAUUGCUUUAGGAAAACAAAAAGAAUAAUGUUUUUGUGUAAGAUAAAAAUAACGUACUUUGAUUAGGAUCAUUAUAGGGAUAACGAUAUGUCAACUCAAGUCUCCCCAAACCAAACAUUCCAGUUCCACUCGUUUCCCACGAAGCACCCUUUACAUUACAUUACAUUAACCCUUUAACUACGGUUGCAGCAGAACCUCUUUCUCUUAUUUUUUAUCAUCUGACCGUAUCUCACCGUAAUGCGCUGCUGACCCAUCCUGAAUCAAACUGUACGGAGAAUGUGCCAAAGUUAACAGUAUAGAAGGAAAUGAUGUAAAAAGGUGGAAUAAGUAUCACAAGGCUUGUAUAUAGUUGUUAUAUUCCAGUGCAGAUCUGGUAUCUGGUCCACUGAAGACCAGUUUCAAGUGUCUUCUUCACUCCGGGGGCGAACACCACCUCAUUCCGGAGACAAUUUGAUGAUUCAUCAUGAUGACUAUUCUUAUUUAAGAUUAUAGAUAUUUUAAAAUGUAUUGAUUUGUGAACAAAGUGUGUUUUAAGAUUAAUUAUGCGAUGUUGGUUUUCAUUUUUUCUUUAAACUUUAGUUGCAUCAGCCAAAACUCAAGAGGUCUUUGCCUGGCACAGUAUUGUGUUUUAAGAAUCGUAUCAACAGAACUCCUAUCUUGUGUCAUAUACAUAUAGUAGGUUUAUUAUCUAUUUUGUGGGAUGUAGUUUCUCACUGGUUUAUCCCUAAGCUGUAAAUGAGGCGUUGAAUGUGCACAUAGAUCCUUUUCCUUCAGUUAAGAUGUCAUUUCUCUGUUCUACUGCGCCUCGAGGGAAAGAGAAAUCUCAAUGAUGUACAACAUGCUGUCAGAAGCUCAGACCUGCUUCAAGCUGUUCACCAUUUACUGUGGACAUGUCUUCUUAUGAGGCGCUCUGAUAGGGAAGCAGAGAGCUGACUGCAAUGGACCACUGGGCUCAGAUGAAAGGGAAAUGUUCAAUAUUACUCAACCGAGAUCAAACUGCUGCUGAGCAAAUGGAACAGCGCAUCGACAAUCAGUUCAACAGGAAAACAUGCAGCAUUUUUAAAAAGUAGUCAUUUCUCACUGAACUGGUCCAGUUUAUUGUGCGAUCUGAAAGAGAGUGCAGCUAGCGUCAUGAAGCUUGUACUUUAUUAGAGAUGAUCCACUUAAUGGAGGCUGUAGUUUGUGAUGGUGUUGAAUUGUAUUGUGUUAUAUUGAAACGUGUUUCUAAUAUUUUGUCCAGGCAUUUUAUAUCAAUGAGUGGAGACUUAAUUCUGGAUAACAGAGUGCAUCCUAACCUUUAGGUGCCUAUAACUCAGGAAGGGCUGUUGUACCAUUUGGUGACGUGACUUUUCAGCCUUAUAAAUGAAACCGUUUCGGAGGCUGUUGAACAAAAUAUGGUUUGUAAAUCAAACGCAAUUGGAAAAACAGUAAAGGCAGUGCUGUGAAACACGCACUCAUCUAAAGUCCUCCAACUUUCCUCAGAUCUGAAAUGCCUGGACAUUAAAAUCCGCCAAAAUGUAAAGAAGAAGCGUUGCGGUUAUCUGUGGAGUUUGGAUCCCUCUGGGCAGAGAGUCAUUUUACCAGAGGCCUUAGAUGUCCCUUCUCUGCCUUACAUUUUGUGUUGAGAGGCCUAAAAACAAACAAAUACUUCAUGGAAAUGACAAGAAUUAGAAGAGGCCGAUAUUUGCUUGAAAGGCUUUGACCUCUUUUCUCUGUAAAGGAAAUAUUUCACCAUUAUUAGGUCAUCUGUUCAAUCAAUCAAUAGGCUUUGUAUAUAAAUGUAUAUGCAACAUACCUUGGUAAAUAUUUUUCCUUUGUACAGGGUGUGUAUAUUGUAGCUUUUGGAUAACUUCAUUUUAUUCAUUCCUUGUGUUUUUAUGUACAGUGUAUAAAGAACAUAUAAAGAACAA